AUGGGUACAGAUAGCAAAACAGCUAUACAACAACCGUCGUCUAAAGUAGCACUUGUUUCGUCAUCGUCAUCAGCGAAAAAUAUAAAAAAGAAAAAGUCUAAAACUAGUCAUCAUAAAUCGAAACAUAAUAAACAACAACGUUCAGAAUCAUCAUCAUCCCGAUCAUCCAACGAAUAUGAACGUAAUACAACAUCGUCAUCAUCAAAAAAACCUAUUAAAGCAAAAAAUCCGAAAGAAAAAAACAAAUUAUCUUCAACAAUAGAAACACGUAAUCAUGAUAAAAAACCUACAAAUAAUAAAAAAAAACCACAUCGUUCAAAACAUGAUUCAUCUGAAUCACCACCAAAAAGAAAUAAUGCAACACGAAGUCGAUCAAAAUCAAGAUCACGUAGUGAUAGAUCCAGUGACAGAUCAUCGUCUCGUGAAUCACCAUCUCGAUAUCGUCAAAAAAAUUCUAUACGUCGUUCGGGUUCAAACAUGCAAAAUGUUUAUUCUCCGAUGGGUCAUACAAAUUUUCCUCCGAAUAUGCCACGUCAUUAUGCUCCGCCCAAUGCUCUACAUACACGAGAUGGUCGAAUGCUUCCUUAUAUGCCACCACCGAUGAUGGGUGGACCACCGAUGCGCCAUAACAAUGGGCAUCGUCGAUCAGGUGGUAAUAGUCCACCACAAUCUUUACUUGGCGGGUAUCGGCCACCACCUGGUAAUUUCCGUGGUCGCGGUGGUCCAAUGAAUAAUCCAGCUUACAUUCAUAAUAUGGCUAGCAUGCUUAAUUUAAUACAACAACAGCAGCAGCAACUAAAACAAAAACCAGGUGCACAAAAAUUUGCCAAUCCAAAUAAUCCAAACAAUCGUUUUUAUCAACAAUUUCAAGAUAAUUAUAAGAAAAUAAGUUCAGGACAAAAAGUCAGUAAUUUAUAUCAAGCAUCAUUUCCUGUGCAACAUAUACCGCGUGAAAUGCGUUUUAAUUUUCGUUUACUUGGAAGAAAUAUUUUCACAGCAUCCGACGAAGAAGAAGAAGAAGCCGAGAAAAAGAAAGCGGCAGCCGCAGAAAAACGUUCGAAACAACGACACGAUUCAAGUUCAUCGUCGGAUUCUUCUUCUGAUACUGAUCGCCGAAAACGUCGCGACGAUGAUAAUGGUGGAGACGAAAAACCGACGAGUUCAAAGUCAAAAUCAUCACCACAACAGAAAACAUCCGGUGAACAAAAACGAUCAUCCACAAAAAAUAAUCGAAACCGUCCACAAGCAACAGCAAAUGUGCCACAUGCAAAAGCAAUGGCACCUUCGCAUGAUCUUCUAACCGAUUCUAAUGACUUUAGUUCACUUCUAGCCGGUAUUAUGCAUGGUGAAAACUCAGAAGCUCUUGCUAAUACAAUAGUUACUGCUGCAGCUGCUGUGAAUAGUAAACGGGAACGAACGAAAAAGCAGCAAGAAAAAAAAGUACAAAAAUUUAAAAAUUAUGCUCGAUUUCAACAAAUACAAGCUUCUGCCGGUGGUGUUACUCCACAAACGAACCCUGAAGAAGUCGAAAAGAAAAUUCAUGGUCUUGCUAGACGAUUGCAAAUGAAAACCAUUGGUUUGCAUGAUGAUUAUGAAUCGCAAGGUAUUAAACGAUCAGAUGAAUCUAGUGGAGAUUCAGAUACUAAUCAACGUCGUCAUCGGUCGUCUGGCUCAAGUAGUGAUCGUUCAAAAGAUAAAGAUGCUGGUAGUGAUGCUAGUACAAAUUCUCAAAAGCAACGUAGACUUAAGAAAACAACUAAAAAAAACACUAGAAAAGUGAAUGCUGCUGGUCAAAUAAUCGGUUCAAGUGAUAGUGAACAACAUCGCUCAGAUGGUAACGAUAGUGAUGGAAGCAUGUUGAAUUUAAAUGAAGAUCUUAAAACAAUCAGUUAUUAUAUCAAAGAACGUGAACGUAUGCUUCAUGAAAUGUUUCGAUGUGUUCGUGGUCACAAACUUCAGGCUAUUUUACCAGAUGCACUGAAGACACGUUCUUUUGACGAAAUUAAAGCAAAAUGUCUCGAUCAACUCGAUAUUUUAUCAAAAAAACGUAUCCGAGCAAUAUUAUUAGCUCAACCAAUGACAUCAUCGAGUGGUACGGAGGACAGUACAGACGAAGAUGAUCAAGAUUUUUUCACAUUAUAUCCACAUUUGAAAUCAUCGUUAGAUCCAACAAAUAAUAAUGCAACAACUCCGAAUACAUCAGCAACAGCAACAGCACCUUCGGCAGAUAAUAAUAAAAAACCUGUAACCAAUAGUAAAUUUCGUCCAGUACCGAUGCAAGUUGUUACUGAAAAUAAUCAAACAUCAGCAGUUCAUACUAAUCUCUUUACACCUGCAGUUGUUGGUGGCGAUGAAGAUGUCAAUGAUUACUAUGAGGGUUUUAAAAGAAUUAAAAAACUAGCUAAUCUCCGUCGUAACGAACAAGACGAUGAAUUUUUCCCAUUUCCUGAUCAAACUGGCAAACUUCUACAACCUAUUCGUUCAUCUCAACCGAAAUUUGAAUUUAAACCUAUAACCGGUUUGACGCAUAGUCAACAGGCACAUUUAGCUGCUCGACGAGCUGCUAAUCGACAACAACAGCAAAAUGAAAUACGUCAAGAAAUUGAUGAUUUACUUAAUAUUGAUGAUUUCGUUUUGCCUGAUGGUGAUCGUCCAUUAUCAUCAGCUGAGUUAUCAUUAAAUCAACAACGUCAUUAUGGUUUACCACCAAGAUUACACCAUAAAAUUCCAGCAGGACCACCAAAGAAAGGAUCAUUAGGUCAUCUACUUAAGAGAAGUAAACAAUCCGGUGAUCGUAGUCCAUCACCAAUGGUUGAUGAAAGAAAUUUAAAACGACGGCGACAAGAUCGGCGACGUUCACAAUCGUUAAGUUCGACUGGUAGUGCACAAUGGUCACGAUCGUCGUCUCGAUCAAAUAAUGAUGAUCGAAUAUCAAGACAUUCAUCACGUGAAAUGACACCAUCACUUGACAAUAAUCAUGAUGAAAAACCUGACAUGAACAGUGAUGAUAUAACUGAUAUGAAUGAUUUAUCGAAAUUACUUGAUUUGAAUGAAGAAGACGAACUAUUAUUAUUACAAAUUGAAGUCGAACAAGAAGAACGUAACAUGCGUCGAGAAGAAAAACGUCGUCGAAAAGGAGAAAAAAAGAGUAAAAAAACAAAUAAAAAAAUUAAACCGUUAUCAAGUACAGAUAGUGAAAAAAUUAUUCAGCAAUGUCUUCAUGAUCUACUUGAAGAUAUUUGUCUGCAAGAAGACAAUACAUUCAAGUUGAAACGAACUUUCGAUUCUUCCGAUGAUGAGUUGUCAAAAAGGAUUAAAUUAAAUGAAAAAAGUUGA